AUCAUGGCGGAUCCUAGAGAAGGCUAACGGUGUCGGCUAGCAUCCUGAACGAUUGCCUCGUUUCGCCCAAUUUAACAUUAAAGCCGUUCUGGAGUUUCUCUUAAGGGACUGCAUCCGCCAAAAAAAUUGGUGUUAGGUGAAGGAGAAGCACACCAGUGACAUUGAUAAGGCCUUUUACACAACUGCGGUACUGGCAUAAUGGACAGUAUAAUGGAUAUUCCCUCAGGUGAUGAAGCACCUGAGAAAGAUGACAUGAAUGCCAAGGAAGGGCCUGAGCUGCCCCACAAAAAAAAUAAAAAGCACAGAAAGCACAAGAGUAAGAAAAAGAAAAGAAGGAAGAAAGGAGAGAAAGAAAGCAGUUCAGAAUCCGGUGCCGAGUCGGAUGCAGAGCCUGCGCCUCCACCAAGACCUGUCCGGACCACCAGAGCCAGUGCCAGACUGGCAGCGGCUGCAGGAACUGGAGACUGUGUUAAAGAGGAGGGGAAAAAAGAUACAGAUCGUGUCGAUACAGAGGGAGACUCGAAAUCUAAAAAACAUAAAAAACAGGCUGCUAAAAAGAAGAAAAAGAAGAGAAAGAAAGAUGAAAAGCAGGGAAAGAAAUCUCCAACUCGCUCUCCAUCUGAGAGCAGCUCAGCUUCAGGUUCUGACUCUGAAGGUGAUGAAAGCAAAGUUGCUGGAGACAGUAAAUAUUCUCCAGCGGCUCCACCCGACCUCCAAGAAUCAGUGUCAAAAAUGGUUCCUAAAGGCAAACGAGAGCAGAAAGGAUCUGAAGUCACACAGAAACCAGAACUUGUAGGAGUGAUGAAGGAGGAGAUAACUGAAUUGGACGUGUCCUCCAUUGAGGAGAAGGGCAGUAGCGCGAGUGAAUUUGAAAAGCAUAGAGUAUCACCCUCUUCAGGGCAGGAUGAGAUAAUGCAGACAGAAAUUGUAAACGUUAAGGCAGAGGGGGGUCAUGGAGAUGGCACAUUCAGCCAUGCCCAGGAAUUGCCAGACAUCAUCCCAAAACAGGAAAGUACUACCCCAAGAGAUGAGCCAGACCUGAAAGACAAGACCAACUCGGUUCAAGAGGCAACUAUAAAAGAGAAUGAUUUGCCCAGGUGUUCUCCCCCUUUGAAGGGCUUAGAAAUUAAGAAAUCUGACUCAAUCCCAAGUCGUUCACCAUCCCCUAGUCCUGUCAAGCAGCAGUCCGGUGAUCAGUUAGCCGAAUUUGUGAAAGAACGGUCUAGAACCCGUUCUAGGUCGACCUCAAAAGGAAGACUUUCUUCAUCUCCACAAAGAGGCCAACGACUCUCUCGUUCUAAGUCCCAGUCAUUGUCUCCUAAAGCUAAGAGAAAAUCGCCCUCUCCAUCUCAGAAGUCUGAGAAGAGAGCUAGUCGGCGGUCGCGCUCUACGUCUCUCUCCGUCACCCCUAAGAAGAAGUUGUCAAAGUCUCCAAAGAAGUCAAAGUCUCCGAAAGGGAGGAAGAGUUCUUUGUCCGUUUCCCCAAAGAGACGCAGGGGUUCUCCCUCACCCAAAAGAAAGACGUCACGGUCGCCCAAGCGUGGAGGACGCAGGUCCCCCUCUCUAUCUCGGUCUCCUAGGAGACGGCGGAGGUCAGACUCACGAUCCCGUGGUGGCACACGCCGUUCCAGAACCCGCUCACCAAGGCGAGGCGGUGCAGUUGCUAGACGUUCACGGUCUCGUUCUGUCACUAGAACUCGCCGCUCCCACUCUAGGACCAGACGACCCGCCGGUCGCUCCAGGUCACGGUCCCCAGGGCGGCGUACAGGAGCCAGACGCUCGAGAAGUCGAUCCUUGUCCCGGCGGUGGAGAUCACCACUCCCCAGAUCUCGGCGCUCACGGUCUCGGUCAGUGCACAGGAGAAGGCGAACUCGGUCACGUUCUAUUGCGAUGGGCAAGCGCAGCCGUCGCUCCAGAUCCAGGAGUCCACGCAAACGCAGCAAAUCCAGAAGCCCUCCCUCUCGACGACAGUCUAAAUCCCGAUCAACGGUUAGGAGGCGUUCUCGAUCUCCAGCGAGGAGAAACCGUUCUCCUCCAAGAUCUGGCAAACGUUCACGGUCCCGCUCCUUAUCACGAAGGCACCGGUCACCAAAACCCAGCAAGAGGAGGUCCAAAUCUCCAAGGAAGAGUGCAAGAAGGUCAAAGUCUAAAUCUGUCUCUCCAGAUGUAAACAGAUCCAAGUCUAAAUCCAAGUCUAAAUCCAAGUCAAAGUCUAAAUCUAAGUCAAAAUCAAAGUCUAAGUCUAGGUCCAGGUCUCCAUCAAGUGAUGGACGGUCUGGUAGCUCAUCUUCAGCCAGGUCCACAUCUUCCGCCCCAGGCAAAGUGAAAGAGUCUUCACCUGAUGCAGACAAGACAACUGGAGAGAAAGCAACUGAAGAAAAUGGAGGAAUUUCAGUUGCAGCAGGUGAUGUCACUGAUGUGACACAAAUACUCCCAGAAACUGACUUCAGCUCCCAAGGUGAGAGUUCCACAGAAAAGUUGCAGGAUCAACCAGUUCAAAGCGAGAACUGGUCUGCUCCUAGGUCCAGAUCUGCUUCCCCGGAGCCCGUCCCUGGCCCGGAUGGUUCAGAGGAGACACACGAGGAAGAGGCAUCUCCAGUGAAAACGGUUUCUGAAAGUCAGAGAAGCUCUUCCGAAUCUCCGGAACCCCCGAAGAAGCAGCUGUCCAAGUCUCAUUCACCCGCCGAUCGCCAGAAACUUUCUCGUUCCAGAUCCAAGUCUAUAUCCAGAAAGAAGUCAUCCAGAUCCAAGUCUCCGGUGAGGAAAAGAGAAUCUGUCUCUCCAUCCGAAAGGAAGAAGCGACUGUCAAAAUCUCGGAGUCCAGCUCGACGGCGGAGGUCAGGGUCGCGCUCUGCCAACCGACGCAAGCGUUCAAAGUCCAAAGGCAGAAACCGCCGUUCCAAGUCUCGCACUCCAAUCCGCAAGCGGCGUUCCCGGUCCCGCUCGUCAAAUACCCGUGCAAGGAGGAGAUCCAAGUCCACCGACAGAAAGAAGCGAUCUCAGAGCCGCUCCGCUGGCCGAAGGAAAAGAUCCAGGUCCGGAGACCGAAGGCGCUCUCGUUCCCCAGAUCGUAGACGCAGGUCAAGGUCACGAGGUCGAGGAAGGCGCCCAGUUUUUCGAAGUCGUUCGUUUGACAGGCGGGACAGAUGGAAGAGAGAACCCAGCCACUCUCCGGUUCUAAUUCUCCGCAAACAGCGGCGCUCAGGGUCCCGGACACGACGUAGCACUAGCAAGACACCGCCACGACUCACUGAUCUUGAUAAGGACCAGUUACUUGAGAUAGCCAAGGCCAAUGCUGCUGCCAUGUGCGCUAAGGCAGGCGUUCCCAUACCUGAGAAUCUUCGGCCAAAAGCCAUCCUGCAGCUCCCUCUGCCCACUCCAUCUCCUGCCCCAGUCUCUUUACCUUUACCGUUACCUCUUCCAAUGGGCAUGGGCAUGCCGAACAUGCCCAACAUGGGUCCAAUGGGGUUACCUGGUAUUCCAGGAAUGCCUAAUAUGUCAAACAUGACCAUGAGUGCUGCUGUAGCGAGUAUGACUGCAGCCACCAUGACGGCUGCCCUUACUAACAUGGGUGCACUGGCAGCCCUGGCUCCCCUCCCUUCUAUUACUAACAAACCUCCUCCAUGCCUCGCCCCUCCAACACCAUCCCUUAAUUUGGACCACAUCGAGGAAGCAAAGAGGAAGGUCACUCAGCAGGCCAACAUACAUACCAUCAAGGAACUGACUGAGAAAUGUAAGAUGAUUGCAAACAGCAAGGAGGAAAUGGCUGUUGCGAAACCACAUGUUUCAGAUGAUGAAAGCUAAAACCGCCAAACCGUAAAGCCACAGCCCUGAGUAGACUGAAGGAAAAUGUUGGAUCCUUCCCAGGAGUAUUUGCCCUUCCACAACCGCCAGAAAACUUCACGGAGUGGAGUCGCAGUCGCACCGUAGGAGUACCGGCUGCAGCCACUGCCCCACUCUGUUUCCCAGUUUGUUUCCGUCGUUGUAAGAGUGAGACCCUUGCAGGCUUUUACCCAUGAUACCACUGAGUAAACUGGCCACACCGAUGUGUGAACAGUUGUGUGACUGUACAGUGAGCUUGAGUGUUUGUAUGUGUAUAUAGUGACUAUCACCACCAUCCCUUCAGUGCUGUUCCUCAUUUAGGCAGACACUGUUGUAAAAACUGAAGAGGAAACAAACCAAACCAACUAGUGGCGCGAGUUUUUGUACAAGUUCGAAAUUUAUCUAAAAUUGUUUCUCCUUUAUGAUUUCUUAAGAAUUGUGUUAAGUGAAAACUGCUUCCUCGUUUUUCUGUAUUCUCCUCGUUUAUCUGUAGUCCCUGGUUUUAUGAACGAAUAAAUGCAGAUGAAGUUAGAUAUGGUAGAUCCUCACGUUCAUUAUUGUUACACAAAAUGGGAUGUUUGGAGAAAGGCCCAGGGGAUGCGAGAUCCAAUUAUUUUGAAGGAAAAGGAUGUUUGAAUACAUUGGGUGUAAAACAAGAACAAGAAAAACAAGGAACUGAGUUCGUACUGCCCUGGGUGUGAGUUGAUUACUUCUAAUUUUAUAGCACCAAGCUAAUCUUUUGCUCCGAUCUGGUCUUUCAUUUUGGCCUUGUUGGGACUUUUGAAACAUUUUGCUCGGGAUUUGAUUUUAUCUUUCCACGUUUUAACACCAGUAGCAGAAUGUGUGUUUUUUUAAUUCAGAUGCACAAGAACGGUACCGUUGAUAUUGGCUGGAAGUUUCCAAGUUCAUAUUUUCAAAGUAGAGGGUAAUUCUCAGUAAGUCUUGAUCAAAAGAAGUGUUAAUUUAUGGGCAUUUUCAACAAACAGAAGACGUGACCACAUCGAUCUAUGAAAGAUGAGGUCAGAAUCACAGACGUAGAUUACAAGCAACAUUUAUUUCAUCUUGAACUGCCAAGCUCAUAUGAUGUGUAGUUCUUAUUGGUUGCUUUGAAUUAAAUCUUAAAACAACAACGAAACAAAAUCCCAUUAACAUUUCCUUAAGUACACAUCCUUCACAAUGUGUUGGUAUACAUGAAAUUUGUACUUUUUGAACACUUGAAAUUCAUCCAGUUAGGUUGCUUAGAUUUUAGAACAUAUUUCAGGGGUGUUGUGUUCAUUUUACAUUUUAUUUGAUUUUGAAUAGGUCUAUCUGGAGAACUACAUUUUUGUGUUUUUGUGCAGGGGUGACAAAGGGCUUUUACAAAUAAAUCUUGAAGGAAGAAUGUUGAGGAUGUCCUGCACUGUGCCAGAGUUACAGGGAUUCAUUUUUAAGUGGGUUUAUGUGAUGUACUUGUAAGUAGUUUGGGCCUUACCUGCAGUAGACGGCAGUCACAGUGCUUUUAAUUUGGAGAAUCUGGGAAUUUUAAUGUGAAGAUCAGCUAUUAGAUGCUUAGAAUUUUAAAAAAGUGCCACACGGUGAAGCAUUUUCACCAUCUAAAACAACUUGGGUAGUUUGAAACCUGCUGUACUCCAUGUAUUCACACUGCAUCACUUUUUGACGUUAGAUGCAGGCCGACUCGGCACGCUUAGAACCUCGGCAGAAUAUAUACAGAAAAAGUAUCUACUCGGCACGCCCCCACCCGCCUCCACCCGUAGUGUAAAAGCGCAAAACGGGGCCGGGGCCAGUCGAGUCGCGCUGAGUAGGUGCUAGUGUAAAAGCGCCAUAUGUCCCUGUUGUGCAACACGAUGUCACCAAAAGGGUGUUGUGCAGAUCCUGUUGUUACUUGGGAGGUUUUAAUUUCCAUCGUGAAAAUUCACAUCUCUGUAACUUUCUGACUCUCCAGAGUACUGUGAUUUUUUUUUUCUACUGGUGGUAAAACACGAAGUACUUCACAUAAGCCACUUGGAGAAAGAAAAAAAAGAACUUCCCUUGAAUGUCUUUGGAAUAAGAGUCCAAGUCUUUGUCACAGCACGUUUUGUUUCACGACAGAACAACAGACAUGAAAAAAACCUGUUGCAAUGAGGUACCAAGUAAGAACAAAGAGAAGGUCUAGUAAUGUGCAAACCAAUCGACCAACAGGCCCACUUCUUUUAACUCACAAAUAGAUAUCUGUACUUCUGUAAACACUGAGACCCGGGCCUGUACUGCAUUAAGUGGUUAAAUGCAUUUGCCUCGUUAGAUAAGAUAAGAACAAAGACAAAACUUGGUGCUUUUGAGGGGCUAGUAAGGGACAACCAUCGUCUCUGUAUUUAAAGAAAACAAACAACAUUUUCGUAACGCAGAAUUUAUUUUCUUUGGAAGGAGAUAUAUUUAUGAAUCCAUCCUGCUUUUCCAUUCUCCCAAUUUAACACCCAGGGUUGUUAAAUUGUAGAAUACGAUCUUUAAAGUUUGUCAAACGGUUAUUAUAAUUGCUUUGUAAAACUGUUGAAACUGACUUGAUUCCCUGAGGUAAGCUUGAGCUAUUUUAAUGACCAGAUAAAUACAUUUUAGGAAUUUCCUUUUUCUCUCCCCUUUUUGGGUAAUUUGAACAUGACAUUGUUGCUUGCUUUGUACAUAAAUGUGUUGAUUUAUUAAAAACCUCAAUCUAUA